UGCAGUGAUUCUAUUCUUGUUGGCUUUUGAUCUUGUAAACGGUUUGAACUCUGCCGGGCACUUGUUUUCAUUUUUAUUUGCUGGGCUCCCCUGCGCCUGGUCUCUGAUCGAGUCAUCGCCAGGGUUGUGUGUGCAGGAAGGCUUGACCUGUCAGGGUGCCAGGCUGUGUGUGAUUCCACAUCUCCCUGCCUGCCUGCCUGGCCGCAAGGCAGUGUGUUCCUCCUCCCUCCUGCUGCUCCUCUUGCGGGGAAGGGAGAAGCACCGGCCCAGUGCCCACCCAGCCUGAAGGGGGGACAUUGUUCAGCGGGCAUUGAGGAAACGGAGCCACGACCACUGAGGAGGCAGAAUGGGGGCAGCGCAUGGCAAAAAGAAGGAGUAUUCUCUGCAGAGCAAGUCAAACGAUGAAAAUGGACAGCAUUUACUGAAUGGCUCAGCCUCCAUGUAUUCAGAAAGGCACAGCGAUCCCUCGGACAUCAGAUGUCUCGUGUCCGAGCCCGAUUAUUUCGAUAGCAACCCCGACCUCAUCCGGCCCAAGAAGCUCCUGAAUCCAGUCAAAGCCUCCAGAAGUCACCAAGAACUCCACCGAGAGCUGCUCAUGAACCAGAAGCGGGGCGUGGGAACGGAGAACAAACCCGAGCUGCAGCGUGUGCUGGAGUACAGGCGGCGAGACCAGCUGAUCCGACAACGGAAGGAGGAAGAGGAGGCGCGGAAAAUCAAAUCUCCCUUCGAACUGCAGCUCCAGAAGAGGCAGCAAAGGCUGGACGAGUUGGAGAGAGAACAGGAGAGGAGUGGAGAAGAACAAGAGAAUGCUCGUGGGACAGGCCCUUAACAGUGAAAUAAGUGGUGGGUGUUGGUAUUUUAUGGAUGUGUGAUACAUGUACAGCCAGCAACUGUAUUAGUCAGAAUCUGCUGGGAAGAUUUGGAGAUACUGGCUGCUGUGUUAUUUUAGGGAUUUAAUUUAGAUUGCACUAUGCCUCGCACUACAGAAACAUGUAUCCUGAUUUUUAAUACAUUUAUUAUCUACACAUAAUAAUAGAUGUCUGCAUUGAGAGCCUUGGUGUAUAUUUUCCUGAUAGAUAACAUGGGAUAAAGUAAUGAAUAGGGUUUGCACACUUAAAACUAUUGCAGUAAAUGAUGAAAGAACUGGCCGAAACCUUUAAGAAUUGUAGAUAGACACAAAUUGCUUCAGCAACUCAGUGGGACCGGCAGCAUAUCUGGAGAGAAGCAAUGGGCGACGUUUCGAACCGAAUCGUACACCCCUUCCUUCUCUCCGGAGAUGCUGCCUGUCCCGCUGAGUUACUCCAGCAUUUUGUGUCUUUCUUCAAUGUAAACCAGCAUCUGCAGUUCCUUCCUAAACCUUGAGAUCUGCCUUCUUGACAUCACAGUCUGAAGAAGGGUCUCGACCCGAAACGUCAGGCAUUCCUUCUCUCCAGAGACGCUGCCUGUCCCGCUGAGUUACUCCAGCUUUCUGUGUCUAUCUCACAGUUAAUUAUAGACUAAUUCCACUAAAGGUUAUUAAACUUGUUACUAAUUGCAUAUAUUUUGAAAAAUUACCAAGCGAUAGCCUUAGGAAAUGACAAUAAAUAGUCUUGCAGUGUGCGUAUGGCACGUUAGGAUGAGAAGUCUGAGUGGAAGAAGAACUGUAAUGACUACUCCUUCACAGAUCAAGGUUCUUUACACAGAAGAGUCAAUUCAUGGUUCAUUUUUUUUAUGCUCAUUCUGUCAUUUACACUUAACAAUGCUGACAUCGUUUGGUGUCCAGACAUGUUCGGGUCACCAAUAAUGUGCCGACUGCUAAAGUACCUGGUCGAUUAUGAAUGUACUACCGAGUGCUUUUUACAUGCAUUUAAAAAAAACUUUGCCACCCUUUUAAUUUUGUUUGCCUUUGAAUUAAAUUCACUGGGUAAUGGAAUGAAAGACACUCUUGUGUUUUGUGACCAUAAAUAUGGGACAAAAUUGGCUGUUAAAAUGACGAAUGAUGUUGUAGUAUGAUUAUGGCUGUCUGUCUGUGUUUUGGGUAUAUUGCCUUUGAUAUGUUACUGAACAGGUAUUGACUGUUGGGUAAGUUAUACCUAUCCACCCUACAUCACCGCAUCGGAUUCCAGUUCGUUCUUUAACUUAUCUUUUGGGGAAUUUGUUACUUUUCUAUGAAGCUGCACAUAACAUUCAAGCUACAGUCUGUGAUUAACGUUACUCAGCGGAAUAAUGGUCAACUAGCGGGAUAACUCAUUGGGAUUGUUACCAUCUUUAGGUUUGUGUCAUUGUGACUUAACUUUGAAAUAAAGAAAAUGCGUAUUUUA